ACGGAGAAAUAUCAAUGGAGGAAUGGGUGGAAGGUCUUUCAGUAUUUAUUCGUGGUGAUCUGAGAGAAAAAGCCUACUGUAAGUGCUACUGUUUGCUGUAUUUUAAAGUUGCAUUUUCGGUAUAUGACCUGAAUGCGGAUGCCAUCAUAUCCAGAGACGAAAUAUUCCAGCUGCUCAGUUUGAGCUUAUCUAACCGAGCGGAUAUCGAAGAUCAGGAAGACAUAAUCCGAGACCUUGUCGAAUACACCUUCAAACGUCUCGAUUGCAAUCAUGAUGGGAAGGUGACAUUUAAUGAUUACUUUAAUGCAGUUAAAGAAGAGAUUCUCCUAGCCGAAAUCCUAGGACAAUGUCUGCCAACUGAUACUGCAUUGGCGGCCUUUUUGGCUACCUUUGAAGAGCCACAGGCGAGAACAAUCACACGGAACCCGACCUAA